GUCUUCCGCUUGUCGGGUACGCACGCAGCUACACAACAUGACCGCUUCUGUUAUUGUCCGAAGGUUAGCAGCUCUGUCAGGGGCUUCGGCGGUGGCACUUGGGGCAUACGGGGCUCACGGUUUCAAAAACAGGGACCCUGAUGAUUACCAGGUUGUGCUUUUUGAAACCGCCAACAAGUACCACUUUUACCACAGCCUGGCCCUGCUGGGGGCUGCCCACUCUGGCAAACCUGCGGUGGCUGGUACCCUCCUGAUAGCCGGCAUGGGGAUGUUCUGUGGCGCUCUGUACCACCAGGCCCUGACAGGGGACCCCAGUCUAAGAAAGGUGGCUCCCACGGGGGGCAUGGCUAUGAUCGCUGGCUGGCUGGCCAUUUUACUCUGAACUGUAAUGGUUCGCAACCCCUCCACAGGGCCAGUACAUGACACUAAGCUGUCAGAUUGUUAAUGGAUGAACUGGAGAGCUUGUGAGAGUUGGCUGAGAGGUUUAAAGUGUUGAGUUAUGUCACACAUCUAACCGCUGCCUGCCCUGGGUUGAGGGUGUCAGCGGGAGAUAAGGUCAUGACAGGAUUAUCACUUUUCUGCUCUUGCUGUCUGUUGAUUGGUGACCUUUGACUUUUUUGUUUGAGUUAAAAUGGAUAAGCAAAUGGAUAGAGUGUGUCAUGCAUACGCAGUUUGUUGUUCUGACAUUUUUGAUGGCAGUAAAGAAAAUCACUAAUGAGCAGACAGAAAUUCCCAGUGCUAUACAUGGCUUUGACUUUGAAUAAAAUAGUAGUAUGGCUUGUUUCUUAAUUUUUACUAUAUUUUCCCUUACUGCAGUAAAUACAGUUCAUAUUUCUGUACAUUUAUACAGCAUAGGUAUGGCAAAUAGAGUAAAACUAAAGAAAGCAAUAUGAAGGAUUUGAAAUGAAAUAAAUA